ACUUGUAAAUUUAAUCGAAGGUUAUCGAGAACUCGUGAUUCCAAAGAACCCAUAUAUCCUCAAAUCAUCACUGCUUACGUCAUAGUGGAUUCAGAGUUUUAGGGGAUUAGUGAUUUAUUGGACAAAUAAUCACACAUGGCAAUGCUUUGUCCAGUAUUUAAACCAAUCCGGCGAGAAAUAGGGAUACAGAGUGUGGAGUCAUACAUUACGAUGAAUUGGCGCCGGGUCUUGAUCGUCUGGGAACUAAUUUUAAGCCUCAGUGUCGUCUGUUACGGAUGCCGGGUAAAGUUUGUGAACAAGGAGAAACCAUCAGAAUUCUGUGAAACAUGCAAGAAAGAAGCCUACGAAAUUGGAGUUUGCGAUAAGGCGACAGGACGUCCUCAGCGGUUCCGUAACCUGACCGUAUGGAGGUCAAAGGCCGUAGUGCCGACCAACAACGUUGUAGACAACACGACAGAGAUAGAGGUGGACAUUUCCGGGGAAUACAGUCCAAUGGUUCGUGGCUACCUCUUGAUCUUUAUGCUGGACGACGGAAAGAUGAUGUGUAGAUCUGUCAUGUUUCCCGAAUGCAAGAAGCCGUUGGCCUCUUUCUCUCUGGCUAUUGACGGGAUCGCUUCAAUGGUCCCAGAGAUGCACCAGCUAAUGAGUGACCCGGCCGUAACACACGAUUGGAUCAGUGACGUCAUAAUCAGUAGAUCCAAUUCGUCUUACCUGAAGGUCACAUUUGACGUCAAAAGUCGAAAUGUCAAAUGGUACGCAGUUGAAUUGUGGGAUAGCCUUAACAAUUUAAUAAAAAGCGAGAGAACGGGAAAGAAUUACGUAAUCUUCAGGAACAUAACAGCGGGGACCUAUUACACCGUGGUUCGAAUUCUUGAAAUGGUGGAAGGGAGCCCGAGUCCAUGUGGACGUGACGUCACAGAUAGAAGGCAGCCAAUCAGCUGUACCGAUAAACGCUCCAAAUUGUUUGAAUUUCCUCUGAGGAAAACGGCAGACAUCAAUCAAAACACAUCAGAUGACACAUACCUGAUCUUGUCUAUUAGCCUUGCCUUUGGAGGAAUUGUUGCUGUGAUUGGGAUUUCAGUUUUAGUCAAUACCAUUAGGAAGCGUGGAUGCAAGAGAAUGUUACAAAGGAAACGAUCGUCAUCGGUUUCAUUAACGAUUAUUGCAACAAAAUGCUUUCCCUCCAAAACUAUUAGAAAGUUAGAAAAAACAAUCAGCGCAGAACUUAAUAUCAAAUGCAAGAAAUUAUGCUUGUCACGACGGAACAUUGUCCCAAUUAACCAAAUCUCAGCUGAUAUUGUGGUAGUGAUUCUUUCAAGGAAUAGUUUAGAUCACAUGUUAGCCCUAUUCGAGAAACCAGAUAAAUUUAGCGAGAAAAUUAUAGUUUUUGCUAACGCCGAUAAUACAGAAUACAAAGCAUCGGUAUUGCCUAGAUAUCCAACAUUCGACAUCAGCUAUGACUGUGAUAGGCUCAUUAAAUAUCUUUCAAUUAGCAUGACAUCUAAGAACCACGCAUGUAUGAAAAAGGAAGAUGUGCCAUCUGAGUUGUACGGACCGUGGUCGAAUCGAGGUACAAGUGAUUUAUCUUUCCCAGAUAAGGACAGAGAAAAGUCGAUCGAUGUUAACUCCAUAUCAUAUGCAAUCGAAAGUGUUUCCCAAACCAUCCCUCCGAUAACACUGGCUAGGACCCCAGUUCCUUGUUAUAUUUACACCAGUCACUCUGACCUCGGCGACUCUGAGGUGUCCACCAUAUUUUCUGGUCGUUCCUGGUUUCUUCCUCCGGAUAAAGACUCGGACGUGGACUCUGCUUACGUCACACAAAGUGAGUGCAUGAAGCAAAUUAAUGAUUCGUACGAUGCCUCCAGGCGGACCAGGAGAAAUAAUCCCGGCUCACUAGAUGUAGAAGCAGUGAGUCUGGGGGAACGCAGCGUGUAGGGAUCUAACAAGGGAUUCAACAAGAAUCAUAUACAGAUACAUAUAGACUUACAAAUCACUUCGAUAUAUCAGUUGUAUUCGAGACAUCAGUGUUCGAGAUAUCGAAGUUCAACUGUACAAGUAUAAACAAUAUUAUUGUUACUUGUCUUGUUUUUUUGUGUGUUUUUUUUGUGUGUUUGUUUUGUUUUGUUUUUGUUUUUUGUUUUAUGGGGGAUUUGUGGUAACUGUACAUGAAUUUGUUUAUGAAUAAGAAUAUAUACGCAUUGAGGUAUAUAUAGGUCUGGAAGAGACAAAGGUAUAAAGUAUAAGGAUUGAGGAAAAAUACUUUUUAUUGAGUCAUUGGAAAUCUUAAGGGCCUUAUUUCGCCAAAUUGCCAAAGUUAGAUGCAUUUUGAACAAUCUUAUUUUUUCAGUUUUUGACAUGAUCACGUACAUGAAAUUUCGUUGACGAUUUUAGGCUUGUAAAGGGUAACAAAACGUGCGUAAUAUCUCUAAUGUAAAGAUUGUGGACAUGAUGAGGUUUGUAAUUAGCUAGAGAGCAUUUUCAAAAUUUUCAUCAAAAAUAAUCUUGAACAUCUAGACAAUCAAUCUUUUUAAAUACUAACUUUUAUUUACUUUAUUAAUGGGGAAUUUUUUCGGGUAAUCUGUCAUAUGACAAAUGCCUUUGUUUCUUUUCACUUUAGUUUUCAGUAAAUGUGCAAAUAAAUUGAGGAAAAUAUUAUACUCUUUUUGCAUAAUUUACGAUAUUGAUAAUUAGAUGUUCGUGUAACAUGGUUUAACAAUAUUUGUGUUAUUUUAUUUGUCAGUUUAUCAGUUCCUUGUUGUAUAUAUAGUUUUUGUAUAUAUAUUUUAUUGUACAACAACUUUUUCAAAGAACUAUUACAGCACUGUUUUCAAGUCCUUCUUUUUUGCAGUAAUCUUUAUAUAAAUCACUUUAUUGAUUCAGAUAGUUUGUUUAUUUUACAUAUAUUAACUAAAUCAAGGGAUAUAAUAUGGUGUUUAUAGUAUGAUUAUAUUAGGAUAAUAAGCAUAUUAUACACAUUAAGAUUUUGUUAUACGUUAUUCAAAAUGUUUUGAUAUACAUUGUGUAUAUAUGAUAUAAAUUUAUCAUUUCUUUUGUGUAACUGUAUAAACGGAACAUUAAAAUAUGUCAUCCAAGGUCGUUACGACCGACAGAAACCUACAUAACUGGCAUUCUGUAACUUUGCCAAAAAGGAAAUAAAUGAAUCAUUGUCAAAUUUUAAGUUGAAAUCAUUGUAUAAAGUCGAAAGUUUAAUUACUUUAUUUCGUAGGAAAGAUAAGAAAGAUAGGAUCUAUGUGUUACAUUCAUAUAUUGCAUCAUGUAAAUGUAGUGUAUGUGAUUUUAUAACUUCAAUUUUGUCCAUCAAAUGGAUAGAAAUAUAUAAUGAACAAGAGUUCUUUUGAUCAUAUUUAAAAGGGCUUGAAGUUCGUGGCCAUUUUUAGUGUUUAUUGAUCUCCCUGAAAAGAAGAGGUCUUUAUGAAUAUCUAAGAAAAUGUUUAAAGUUCAAAUUGUAUGAAGUUUUCUUUGCUAAAUAAAAGUUUAUAGCUGAAAAAAGUAUAUCUAAAAAUUUUGAUUAUAUAUGAUGGGUAACUUGUUGACCACCUAGCCUCAAUUAUUAUCAAUUGUUUAAAAAAAUUUAUUAUCUUAAUUUUUGAAAUGAACAGUUUGUUAAUAGCAGUAAUGAAGAUAACAAUCAAACUUAUACAAUGAUUAAAUGUAAUAUGCCGUGAAUUUCUCAUGACAAUUUGGUUAAGUUUAUUUGCAAAAUUAUAAUUUUUCAUUAAGUCUGUCAUGACAAAAGUUA